AGGCCGCGCCCACCGCCCCUUGAGCCUGCCGGGCCGCCCUGACGGCUGAUGUUGUUGCUGGAAGUGACGUCACCGCGGGGGGGGCGGGGGCGCGGGAAGCGGAAGUGGCCGUUGGGCUCGCGGCGGCAGAUUCGGAGAGUGCUCGGCCCGGCUCCCGGCGGGAACGGCGGCGAUCCCGGAGGGAACCGCGGGGUUCCCGCGGGGGGCUCGCCUGGCGCGGUAGUUGCUGGUUUUUCCAUCCGGAGGUCCAAUGUUGAAAGGAUUGUAAAUACUUUUGGGAAAUGGCUUGUAUGAUUAGACAAAUUCCUGUGAUAGUGUCUUCUGGGAUGUACUUUUAAACAUUUAUUUCAUAAUUUGAAAGAAGAAUAGCAUUUGGAAUAAUGGCAACAGGAGACCUAAAUGGAAGUUUAAGAAAAAUAGAACAAGGACUUCGCUUGUUAAGUUAUCCAAGAGAUGUGGAUUAUACAGUGUUAGUAAAGGGUGAUCCAGCUGCAUUUUUGCCUAUCAUCAACUAUUGUUUUACUUCUUUUUCAACCUGCAUAGCAGAGCUUUUGGUAAAGUGUGAUGUGGAACUGACAGCAAAGAGUGACUUGCGUUUUAUUGAAGCUGUUUACAAGUUUCUUCGAGAUCAAUUUCAGUAUAAACCAAUUUUAACAAAAGAGCAAUUUCUUCAGUUUGGCUUUGCAGAAAGAAAAAUGCAAAUUGUUUGUGACAUUAUCAACCGUGUGGUGAAAAAACAUAAGGAAUUGAGUAACUCUAAUAAGGUUAAAUCCCAAACAAGGAAAAAACUCAGACCUUUUAAAUAUGAGUUAUGGUCAAAUUGUGGUAAAGGCCUUGCUGAUCCCAUUGGCAGCGCUCUGAAUUCCAAACAGAAACCUCUAGUAGAGCGGCACUCAGGAAACGAAGUUAGUGGUGACGUUCAUCCACUACCCCUUCCAGCACAGAGGGGUAGCGAGGAGGAACUGUGCCUAGAUCAUGAUAUUGUGGAAGUUAAAUGUGAAGAGGUCAUAGAAGAUAAUUCUGAGAUUGAGUUUUUAAAGAGUCAGCUUGCUGAUUGUCAGGAAAAGCUUCAUAAGCUAGAUUGGAUAGAAGAUAAACUACAAGUUUUAGAGGAGAAACUGCAAGGAAAGGUGAUCAUAGAUGAGAAGGACUGGAAUAACUUGUUGAAUCGAGUGUUGCUUCUUGAAACAGAACUGUUGUUACAAUCUGAAAAGAGAGACUUACCUACAGAAUCCAGCAAUAUAAGUCGAGCAUGUAGUUCUAGUAGCAUUCCAGUUUCUCCUGAUACAGAGAGGAAUGAGGAGAUGCCAGAGAGUCAUCUUCAGUCCUCUGGAUGCAGUUCACUAUUAUCCACAAACCCAUCUCCCAAAGCCAUGGCCAUUAAUUCUCAUGAUCUGACAGACAUUUCAAAGGAGACAAUAAGACAAAGAAUGGAAAAGAUAAGUAAAAUAAUUGAAGAAACCUUCAACUUGUUGAAAACAUCAAGCCCACCCCUGAGAACACCUGAAAGCACAGGUCAUGAGACCUGGUCUCUGCAGACUUAUGGAUACCAGGAGUAAUAUAUAUGUUUAUACAGCAUUAAAUUUUUUUAAAUAUCAAAUUUGUAAUGAUCACCAAUGCUUUUAUUACUUUGAAUAAAUAUUUUUCUGAUGUA